AUGGCUGACAACAUCAGAUGCACCUUUGAGGGGUGCUACCAGCGAUUUGCAUCAGUGGAGGCUAUGAAGAAGCAUAAAGCCAAGAUGCAAGAAAAGGGCGACGACAUCCACGACUUUUACUGCAAGAAAUGCGACGAGGAUUGUGCUGACGAUAUCGAGUUCUUCAUUCAUCAGAUACAGAGUCCCAGACAUGCUUGUGGUCUCGAAUUCAAGAGUGAAGGUGGACGUGACCGUCAUGUCGGUAUCUCCCAUCGGCAGAAGCAGAGCUUGAAAUGUCAAGGCUGCAAGCAGAUGUUCGACAGUGCUGCUGGACUGAUCGGUCACAUCGAGACCAACAGAUGUAAAGUCAUCAAGCGGAAUGACUUCCACAAACAUCGCGCCGAGAUGCAGGUCAAGAAAGAUGCGGAAGAUAAUGAUUUGAAACUUGAAAUGUACCAAGGAAGCACCGUACUCCCAGCAGAAACCACUACGACCUCGACAGAUUCAGAUACUAUGGGAGGAACUUCAUUGCCUGCGGAUGAGCGAGUACCUUGGCAGGAGCAGCCUCCACGAAAUGUUGACCACUUUGCGGACCAGCAUGGCUCGCUGGCUCAGAAAAUGAGCGAACUAGCUAUUGACAAAUACCCUCCACUGAUGGCUGCAGAACGGUCUGCCAAUUCGGCUCGCUCCACAACUACUCGAUCGAAUAUCCGGAGCGAAAGACCUUGGGGUGCUACAAAUACUACGACUUCGACUUCUAGCGACCUUCUUGGCAGUGAAGUCUCGAGCCGCACGAGGAAGUCUAGUCAAACAAGUCAACCUCCCCGAAGACGUUUGGAGGAAGACUAUUCAUUCAAAGCCUCAUUUACCACUUCCAGCAAUCUACUCGGUACAGAGAUAAAAAGUAGUAGCAGAUCCGUCGACGAAGAAGACCAUCCAAUAUUCAAAAAUGCCUGGGGUGGCGAAAAGGCCUUAAACCUGGGCCUUCGAUCUGCUCCGCGACAACCCUCCUCGAAUCUCCUCGACAGUACCUCGAACAUCAACCUCAUGAACCCAUCCCUCCUCUCCAACGAUUCCGCAGCCACACGGGGAACCCGACCAUCCCAACUCCCACCAGCCUCCCAGCCCGAAAAUCUCGACCCUAACUAUCCCCACGCCCACAUCCAAACCAUUCCUUCUCUACCCAUUCCUCGCAAAGCCCUCGACAAGUACUGGAAUCCCUUCCUCGCCUCUUACAGUUGUCCGAGCCCCAACUGCUCCACUCCGCGCCAUCCCACAAUCCAAUCCUUCGAACAACACCUACUCUCUGGCGUCCACGCCCCAAGCAGCGUACAGUGCCCGUCGUGUCUGAAACGGUUCAAGACCACGACUGCGCUGGUAGCGCACGCGGAGAGUGGGAGCGUGAAAUGUGAAUUGAGGAAGACGGAGGAGUUUGAUAGGGAGAUUAGGGCGAUUACGGCGGGGUUGGUGAGGGUUGAUGGGAAUUGGAGUUGGGCGGGGAAUGCGAAGUUUGAGAGUGUGCCUGUUGAGGAAUGGGGCAGGGAGUCGUCGUUUUGGUGA